UAAGAAGCCCCUGGGCACUGAGCAGAAGCCAGCGGCCCCAGCCGAGAGCCCAGGAUGAAGCCAGGCCUCGCCUGCCUGCUGGCCUUCCUCUCCUUCCUUGGCCAGGCCUCAGGGCUCUCGAGGCCUCUGGUCCUCAGCCCCAGCCUCAGCCCUUCCCCUGAGUCUGACUUCAACACCAAUGACGUCUUCACCUCGGGACAUGGCCCCAACGACAUCUUCACCUCCAGCUACAGCCCCAGCUCCCAGCGGCUUUCCAACUUCACGGGCUCCAAGGACGACCGCGGGACCUGCCAGUGCUCCGUCACCCUGCCGGACACCGCCUUCCCCGUGCAGCGGGUGGAGCGCUUGGAACUCAUAGCUUACAAUCUCACCCAGAAGUUUGAGAAAGAGUUUUCUAAAGUGAAGGAGUAUGUCCAAUUAAUUAACGUGUACGAAAAGAAACUCUCAAGCCUAACUGUGCGAAUAGAGAUCAUGGAAAAGGAUACCAUUUCUUACACUGAGCUGGACUUUACACUCAUCAAGAUAGAAGUGAAGGAGAUGGAGAAGCUGGUCAUACAGCUGAAGGACAGUUUUGUCGGAAGCACAGAAAUUGUUGACCAGCUGGAAGUGGAGAUAAGGAAUAUGACUCUCCUGGUAGAGAAGCUUGAGACGCUAGACAAAAACAAUGUCCUUGCCAUUCGCCGAGAAAUCCAGGCUCUGAAGACCAAGCUCAAGGAAUGUCAAGCCUCGAAAAGUGAAAACGUUACUAUUCCCACUCCUCCUGCUCCCGGGAGCUGUCGUCACAGCGGUGUGGUGAACAUCAGCAAACCGAUUAUAGUUCAGCUCAACUGGAGAGGAUUUGCCUAUAAGUAUGGUGCCUGGGGUCGGGAUUACUCUCCCCAGCACCCAGACGAAGGGCUGUACUGGGUGGCACCUUUGGAAACAAAUGGGAGAACACUGAACAUUUACAGACUCUACUAUACACAGGAUGAUUUGCUGUUGUACACAAAUGCCCGAGAGUAUCAGAUUUCCUAUGGCCAAGGUGGUGGUGUAGCCGUUUACAACAAAUACAUGUAUGUCAACUGGUACAACACCGGGAACAUCGCCAAAGUUAACCUGGACACCAACAAAGUGGCUGUGACUCAAACGCUCCCUAAUGCUGUCUAUAAUAACCGCUUUUCAUAUGCUAAUGUUGGUUGGCAAGAUAUCGACCUUGCUGUGGAUGAGCAUGGAUUGUGGGUGAUCUAUUCAACUGAAGCCAGCACUGGUAACAUAGUGAUUAGUAAACUCAACGACACCACACUUGGGGUGCUGAACACUUGGAUAACCAAGCAGUAUAAGCCAUCCGUUUCUAACGCCUUCAUGGUAUGUGGGGUUCUAUACGCUACCCGUACUCUGAACACCAGACUGGAAGAGAUUUUCUACUACUAUGACACAAACACAGGGAAAGAGGGCACACUAAACAUUGUAAUGCCCAAGAUGCAGGAGAGAAUACAGAGCAUUAACUAUCACCCUUACGAGCAGAAACUUUUUGUCUAUAAUGAUGGUUACCUUCUGAAUUACAAUCUUAUCUUUUAAUAGGAACCUAAGUGAACUGUUUAUGUAUUAGAGUGACAGAAAAAUAAAAUGUUCAUUGAAAAAAUGGUCUUCUCCACUUAUAUAGAUAUCUGCAGGGGGUCCUGAAGUAUGUUCGCUUAGUAGUAAUAUUUGGGACUAUAGAACUGGAGACUUAGAAUAUUUGCCCUGAUUUGAUGAGUUCUCUUGGAAGCUAUCUAGGAUGCAUCUCCCUAGAAAUAAGGUCUUUCCAGGAUGGGUUGGGAUUAUCAGAGGUCUAAGGGCAUUAUAGGUCCAAGGAAACUUUCAGUGAAGAGACAUCUGGAAAUUAAGGAGCUUGUGAAACCUUUAUGGUUUCUGGAGAUUCUUUGUAGAUGAGCGAGAGUUCCAUGAACUCAGUUCUCCAUGCAGCCCAGCUAAUUCCUCCACACCUGAAAGAAACCUGAGGCUCAGUUAGGCACGUUAAUACCUGAAGCUCCUUGAGAUUCUAAAUCUCCAACUUUGCUUUUCUUACUAGCACCUGGAAAGAUGUCUUGUAUAUAGCAGAUAAGUAAAUUUAGUAUGCUUAUAUUAUAUCUGAGUUUUCUGGAGAAAUCCUAUGCAUUAAAUUGUAGACUGGAAAUCAGUCCCAAAUGGAUCUUCAGAUGAAGUACUGAAGUUUUCUUUCCUCCAUUGUUUACCUACAUAAGAGUCAGUAGAACCCUCCCAUUUCAUAACUUUAUUCCAAAGCAGUUCUCAAGACUAGAACCAGCCUUCCCACCAAUUCCCUUCCUACCUCCUGCUUUUUAUAAAAAGUAACCAAUUUCUCAUAGAACAGAUACAAAAUUACAUUUUUGUCUUAUCAUGAACUUUCACUUGCAUGACUCAAAAAUCAUGAGAAAAUCAAGUGGCAGUGAUAAGAUAUUAGCAUAGUUGGUUAUAAAAUAAAGCCAUCGGAGCAUGUGAGGUUUGUAUUUAGUCUUACCGAUUGUUUCAUGCAAUUUCUGACUUUGUUCAAGCCUAGAACUUGUAAGAAAAUGAAAUUUUAAUUUUGAAGGUAGAAAUGUAAAAACAAAAAAAUCUUUGCAAGUAGUUCAUCAGAGCAGUGUGGAAAGCCUGCAGGCGUAUGUUCUUCUGUGGUUUGGGGUGCUCUGUCAUCUGGCUCUGGUGUAUUGACCCCUGAUGUUCCUGGGUCUUUGUCUUUAGGGCUGGCUCCUUAAAUGCUGUACUCUUCUCCUUUUAAUAAAUGAUCAAAAUGUAUUCUGGAAAAAAAAA